AACAUGGCGACGCUCCGAAGAGAGUACGGAGGUUGGCAAUACGACCGCUUUUAACGGAGAAAUUAACCUCAGCUUCGCGUGUUACAAUGUGGUGGGGUUAGCCAGGACCACCGCACACGCAGCCUUUUAGACCAUGUUUGCAGAGGCCAGUCUGUCCAUUUGGGGAUGGGGGGGUCUUGGAGUUGUGCUGUUCCUUGUCACCUUUGGACCUUUUGCCAUAUUCUACCUGGCCUUUUAUAUCUUCUGCUUCAUUGGAGGGGGCUUUGCAAUCACUUUGCUUUAUGGAAAGAUAAACUCAGAGAAACACCUAGAAAAAUGCGAGCAUUCUUACUUGCCUCCAACACAAAUCGGUAUACUGAAGACACUGGAUGAAAUGAAACUGGAGAUGAAGCCAAUAAAGAUUGACAGAAGACUCACUGGCUCCAGUUUUAUUGAUGAACCAUUACAACAGGUUAUCCAGUUUGCGUUGAGGGACUACAUCCAGUACUGGUAUUACACUCUGAGCGAAGAUGAGUCCUUCUUAUUAGAGAUCAGACAGACGCUGCAGAAUGCCCUCAUCCAGUUUUCCACACGGUCCAAAGAGGUGGACUGGCAGCCUUACUUCACCACUCGCCUGGUGGACGACUUUGCCACCCAUUUACGUGUCUUUAGAAAAGCCCAGGAUCGCCUGGCUGACAGAGAGGACAAGCAAAGGGAUAUAACAGACGAGCUGGUUGACUCAUUCUUUGAGGCCGAGGUGGAGAUGGAAAGGAAGAUCUGUCGAGACGUAGUGUGCACUUCUCACAAAGAUGAAGAAGGUUUUCUACGGGACUUGUGUGAGUUGCUUUUGUAUCUGUUACUACCUCCUGGAGAUUUCCACAACAAGAACAUGAGAUACUUCCUAAGGGAGGUGCUGGCGCGUGGUGUGUUACUUCCUCUGAUCAACCAGCUGAGCGACCCGGACUACAUCAACCAGUUUGUCAUCUGGAUGAUUCGAGACUCCAGCUGUAACUAUGAAGCCUUCAUGAACAUCCUGAAGUUAACAGACAAGCCUGCUGAGCUGGAAGCUGUUAAAGACAAAGUGCUGGAGGAGCUGCAGUAUCUCAGAUCCCUGGACACUGCUGGAGACGAUAUCAAUGUGAUCAAGAACCAGAUAAACAGUCUUCUGUUUGUGAAGAAGGUUUGCGAGACCAGGAUCCAGAGACUACAAUCUGGCAAGGAGGUCGAUGCCUUGAAGUUGGCAGCCAGCUUUGGCAAGCUGUGUGUUAUCCCACUGGAUCACAUCCUUGUCCACAACAUAGCCCUGCAGUUCUUCAUGGACUUUAUGCAGGCGGCGGGGGCUCAGGCGGAACUGUUCUUCUGGCUCACUGUGGAGGGAUACAGGGUGACGGCACAGCAGCAGCUGGAGGCGAUGCAGGGCUGGCAGAAAGAUGGCAACAAGCAGCCCAGUGCCACAAAAGGAUUGCUGAAGGCAGCUGCACUUGGUGUCUAUGAGCAGUAUCUCUCUGACAAGGCGUCUCCCAGGGUUCAGGUGGACAAAGCAGUGGUAACAAAACUGGGAGAGAAGCUACAGACAACAGAUGAUCCAACACCUGAGAUAUUUGAUGAAAUCCAAAGGAAGGUAUAUGACAUGAUGCUGCGUGAUGAUCGCUUCUACCCAUCCUUCAAGCAGAGUCCACUCUAUGUGCGUAUGCUCGCAGAGCUGGACAUGCUGAAAGAACCAAGCUAUCGAGGGUCUGAUGAUGGUGACGGAGAAUCCUUCAAUGGAUCCCCUACAGGAAGCAUAAACCUGUCUCUGGAUGACUUGACCAACUCCUGUCUUGAUGAAUUUAUGCAACUACAUGCCUUCAUCUCUGACACAGCUGAUACUUGUCUUCCCGGCUUCUGGGGUGCUACAGGGGUUUGCAACGAUCAUGGUAAGACAUAUGCACUGUACGCCAUCACUGUGUUGAGACGCAACCAAGAUGGCAGUGAGGACUGCUGGAAGACCUACCGCCGCUACUCGGACUUCCACGACUUUCAUAUGAGAAUCACUGAACAGUUUGAGAACUUGUCGUCGAUUCUCAAGCUGCCAGGGAAGAAAACCUUCAACAACAUGGACAGAGACUUCUUAGAGAAGAGAAAAAAGGACCUCAAUGCUUACCUUCAGUUGCUGCUAAACCCAGAGAUGGUGAAGGCCUGCCCAACUCUGAUUCCCUAUGUCUAUGACUUCCUAGAGAACAAGGCCUACAGCAAGGGCAAAGGAGAGUUUGCACGGAAGAUAGACACAUUUGUGAAUCCUCUGCGAAGCUCUAUGAGGAAUGUGUCCAAUGCCGUGAAAGCCCUGCCAGACAGUCUGGCUGAGGGCAUGACCAAAGUCUCUGACAACAUGGGCCGCAUGUCAGAAAGACUGGGUCAGGACAUCAAACAGUCCAUAUUCAAGGUGCCUCCACUACUUCCCAAGUCCGACAUUGACCCUGAACAGUGUCGAGUUUCUGCCCAGCUUGAUGACAAUGUGGACGAUAAUAUCCCACUCCGAGUAAUGCUGCUGCUGAUGGACGAGGUGUUUGACCUCAAAGAGAAAAACCAGUGGCUGCGCAGGAACAUUAAGAACCUGCUGCAGCAGCUCAUAAGAGCCACUUAUGGAGAUACUAUCAAUAGGAAAAUUGUGGAUCAUGUGGACUACAUGACGUCACCAGAGCAGGUUGCAGACUACGUUAAGAAGUUCAGGGAUUCAUACUGGCCCAACGGUAUUCUAGCUGAGACCCCACCCCGACGGGACAAGUGUAUCCGGAUGAGGACGCGAGUUGCUGCCAAAACCAGCCUGCUGGGCAUCAUGCCAGAUGAGCUGAAGCACAUCAUCGGAGCAGACACCACAAGAAAGGGUAUACUCCGGGUCUUUGACAUGUUUCAGUACCAGCCCAUGAACCGACGGCUAGCCUACGUGUUCCUGGAGGGCUUCCUGGAGACCAUGUUCCCUCAAUACAAAUUCCCAGAGCUCUUUGUCAAGCUGCACUCCCGUUCUCCACGCAUCCACAGAUACAGCCAGAAACUCAAAUGCUCCUCGCUUAAGAGGUGACAGGAAAGGACAGAGGCAUCAGGACACGGGCCGACUAGACACACAGAGACUUAGAGCUUAGAGUGAGGGUGGGGUAGUGUUGGGGGGAGCAGUUGAUGUGAACAUUGAGGUGUGUGUGUGACUUCUGCCUUUCCUCUUCCCUCAAAACACUCAAGUUGGUGAAAACACUCCAGUUAUCCGACUGAUUAUUUCUGUCGAGAGAACAGAAGGAUGAGAAACUGCCCAGCUCACUCUGUGACACACACAUCCGCUAAAUUACAAAUCCUAUCAUUUGCACCGAGACUGCACAUAGCAGUCUUUUUCUUUUAGUUUCUAUUCGCCCCCCCCCCCUUUUUUUUUUUAUUCAGUUUUACAUUUAGUUGUGUCAAGCUUUAUUCUGGGCCAGCCAAUGCUGCUUACUUGUGGUCCAGGGAGCAGACCACAAAUACUGUAUUGUUUUUAAACUGCAGGACUAGAUAGCAUAGACCCACACCUUGCCUUACCUUCCCGCUUCAAUCCUCCAUUUCGGAGCCGCACAGCUGUACUCAAACGUACCCUGUAGACAUGUGAGCUGCAGAAGCACUUGUUAACAUUUAACAUUUAUUUUUCCAUGUCUACGAAAAAUGUCAAAAGCACUGGGUUGAAGAGGCGCUGUCCUAAAAAUGGGACUGAACUAGUAUGGGUCGAAAGGUUUUUAUUUUUACUUGUCAGCAUUGUUUCAUCCUCAGUGCUUCUCUUGAUCACUCUUUAGGGUUUCGCGCUACCUGUACCACCCAAGAUCCUCUAAGAACAGGGUCAUAUCCCCUUUAAUGCUACUGUCAUAACCUGUGAUGACCAAAGCCCAUGCUGUUCAUAAGCGUGUGUGUAUGUGUACUGGUGUGACGAUGAGACACUACAAACAUUACUGUGCUUCAUACUGCUGAAUAUGCGAGGGAAGAGACCUUUAACAAUCUAAAAAGUGAGGCUGUGAGGACACACUGAAGCGUGUGUCACUGUGGAAGGCACACAAUUGAAUGUAUUCUCCGGUCUGUUCUGCAGAAUUUUGUGCAAAUGGGUGUGUGUCUAUGUGUGUGUUAGCAUGAAGAUGCAACCCUCUUCAGUCAGAAACUGUGCCAGUGUGAGCUAGCGAACCAGCCUUAAAUGUGUAUACAGUAUAUACUGACCAAGAGACGCACGCUAGAGGGAGCUCUCCUUCACACAACUGAACGUUACAAGGAAAUCAAGAUAGAGAUAUGGAGAUAUAUCCCUAAUCACCUUUAUUCAGAGAAAAUGUCUUUGAUUUGGUGCAAUAUUUUUUUUCUUUAAUGCAUGUGCAUUUUGAAUCAAUGUGUACUAAAAAUAGUAAUUCAUAUUCUUUAUAAAUAAGAGAAAACAUAAAAGUCGAUUCCCCAGAAAGGUUUUUUUUUUUUUUUUACCCCAACUUUACAUUCCAUUGUUGUAAACGUACAAUGUUUAUUUUACAGACUUGUUUUAUAAGUCUGAGGGUUUUUUUUUUUUUUUUUUUGUGCAGGGUAUGUUCCACUCAUAUCCUGCCCUUUCUUGCAGAUUCUUGGUUUUGGGAUUUGAUUAAACAGUGAUUGGGGAAUUUUUCCAUGUCACAACUCAAUGAUUAGCUCAUGGGGCUAUAGCAGGUUCAGAGAAGACCUUGGGACAGAUGCGUCUUUUUAACACAUAAGUGGCAUUUUAUGCACUCAAGACUGUCAUGUUAAGUGAAAAGAGAUCUUUAUAAUGAACUGACAACUGGAAAGACGCCCCCAUGGCGUGUGUGUACGUGUACCCCUCUCCCAAAAAGAAAUCCCUAAAAUAGGUCCAACAGGUUCACAAAGAAGACUGUGACCAAUGCAAUCACUGCUAAUUAGCACUUAUUGUAGCAACUAUAGAAGUUCAGUCCUUCAUUGGCUGAACGGAGUCCCAUUCUGGUGCAGUCAUUGGACACAACUCCCUCGACUGCUGUGAUUUGCUCGCACUGAGCAGCCCUGAUGGAUUCAGAUUGCCUGAGUAAGAGGCUGUGAACUGAAGCUUCUCUUUCUGGAAGGCAAAUAUGUGUUCACAUGACGAGAUGUCACCUUUAACUUUAUGCACAUCUCUUCAGACAGAAAUGCUCGUCUUUUUUUAACCCCAGUAUAUAUGAAUCUAUAAUAAAGAAAGAAUUGUGCAUAUCUGUGUACAGUAUGUGUUAAUAGUGUGCCUAAAUGUACUGUCAACUCUAUUUUCAUAUUUUUCUUUAACCUACAAAAAAGUCAAUCAGAAUGUCAUAAAUUUACGCGACUGAAAAUGACUGGGUUUUGUUUUUUGUUUUGUUUUGCAUCAUGCUUAUCAAACGUUUCCUUGUGAGCACUUGUGCUCAGAUCAAUAUAACACUAAUAAAAAGCAACUCAGACUAAAUUA